CUCUCUCUCUCUCUCCUCAUUCUUCAGUCACCUCAUGCUCUCUUUUGUGACUCAGGGAAAGUACAUCACAAUGAGUACAAUAUAAAAAGGGGAGGAAUGUAGAGAUCUGCCCUCCACAUUUUCUUGAAUUUCUCUGUUUUUUGCUAAGCAAAGGUGAAAUGGGAAGAAAGAAUUGCUUCGUUCUUGCUGUGAUUCUCCUAAUUUUUCUUGCUGGAUGCUCCUCAGUUUCUGCUUCACCCGCUACAAAAAUCGUUGGUGGGGUUGUGACAAAGGUUGUCUCCACCAUUUUCAAGCGGCUGUGGUCUCUCAAAUCAGCCACCAAAACCGCUACCUCUAGCCGCUCAAUGAUGAAAUUUGAAGGUGGAUACACGGUUGAGACAGUGUUUGAUGGGAGCAAGCAUGGAAUUGAGCCAUACACGGUGGAGAUCUCACCGGAUGAGGAGGUUCUCAUAUUGGACUCCCUCAACAGCAACAUUUACAAGAUCCCAACCCCUUUAUCUCGAUAUAGUCGGCCUAAGUUGCUGGCGGGAUCAGCUGAAGGGUACAACGGGCAUGUAGACGGGAAGCUGAGGCAAGCAAGACUGAACCAUCCUAGAGGGCUUACUGUUGACGACAGUGGCAAUAUAUACGUUGCUGACACGAUGAAUAUGGCGAUCAGGAAGAUCAGCGAUUCUGGAGUUGUGACGAUUGCGGGUGGUAAGCCAGGCCGGAGAGGAGGACAUAUGGACGGACCAAGUGAAGACGCGAGGUUCUCGGAUGAUUUUGAUUUGGUCUACGUUGGAAGUACAUGCUCUCUGUUGGUCAUAGAUAGAGGGAACCAAGCAAUACGAGAGAUCCAACUCCACGAGCACGAUUGUUCCCACGAGGAAGACAACAAUCUCGAUUUAGGAAUAGCAGUGCUUGCUUCAGCUUGUUUCUUUGGUUACAUGCUCGCCUUGUUGCAACGUCGAGUCGCUUCUAUGCUUUCGUACGACAAUCCUAAGGAACCGAAGGCUUAUGCGACGGGCAUGCCCCCGGCACCGUACCAGAGGCAGCCCCCAUCCGCGAAAUCCGUCUUGCCGCCCCUGAUUCCGGCCGAAGACGAGUACGACAAGCAAGAGGACGGACUAUUCACUUCUCUCGGGAAGCUCGUCGUCCACACUGGCUCCCUCGUAGCCGAUCUCUUCGGCGGACUAUUCUCGGGAUUCAAGAAGAAGCCCGUCGUCAUAAACCACAUGCCGGCCUACCAACAACCCCAACACCACCACCAAUACCAGUCAAGGCACGGAGGCGCGUGGCCCGUGCAAGAGAGCUUCGUGGUUCCACGCGAGGACGAGCCACCUCCGCUCGAAGCGAGAGAGCCCACGCCACGCAAGAACUACCCCUACAAGGACGCGGAAAAGAUGAGGCCGUCGAAGCAGAGCCGGCCCUACUACAACCAAUGGAACGUCCACGGGCACGGGCACGAGUAUCAGCAGCCGCAGCUGCAGUCUCAUCAGCAUCACCAGAAGCACCGGCCGGCCAGCCCUCAGACGUACUACGAGCAGCAGAACUGCGAGACGAAUGAGAUCGUGUUCGGGGCUGUCCAGGAGCAGGAGGGGCGGCGGGAGGCGAUGGUGAUCAAGGCCGUCGACUACACCGAUCCGGCCUACGACGGCAACAAUGUGAGGUCGAGAUAUAACUACAUGAGCUAUUCCUCCUAUGGAUACUAGUUAAGUUGUGUUGUUUGAUGUUAACAAUGUUGAACACUUGGUUCACAAUGUAUAGAAGUAAUGAUGAUAUGAUAGUAUUAUGGUAUGAAACAAAUGUUCUUUUCUUCAGUUGUCUCAUUUCACUUUUUUUAUGUUUUUGGAAAAAAGUUGUUUCCUGAA